AUGCCUCUGCACUUGCUAGGCAAAAAGUCUUGGAACGUCUACAACCUUGAGAAUGUCGCCCGGGUCCAACGCGACGAGGCACAGGCGAAAGCUCGCGAAGAGGAGGAUGAACGCCUCAUGCAAGAGAUCGAUGCCGAGCGCAGGAUAAAAAUACUCCGGGGCGAACGUCCACCGACACCACCACCACCCUUCCGUCCAUCAUCCGAGUCAGCAACUCGAUCAGACCGGAAAGCCGGUGACGAUAGUGGGCAUCUCCGCAAGAGGAGGCGCGUAGCCGGUGAAGACGAUACGGACCGAGACAUACGAUAUGCCAGAGAGGAUGCGGCGCAUGCUAUUGCCAAGCAGGAAGAGCUUGCGCUUGCUUCUCGGAAGUCUAACAAGACCGCACAGGCACCGAUCCUCGAUGCCGCGGGCCAUAUCAACCUAUUCCCAGCUGCAAGUGCCAAAUCAGAGAAGAACUCAGAGGCCGAGGCUGAAAAUGCACGUAAGAAACGAAGCUACGAAGAUCAAUACACCAUGCGAUUCUCCAACGCAGCAGGUUUCAAAGAGACAAUUGGUCAGAAGCCGUGGUAUUCAUCUGGUGGCCAGGAUGCGAUAGCCCCUGGGGCUAUGUCCGAGAAGAAUGUGUGGGGCAAUGAGGAUCCAAGGCGCAAGGAGAGAGAGCAAGCUCGUAUGGAUGUCAAUGAUCCACUCGCUGCCAUGAAGCGCGGUGUUCGGCAGCUGAAAUCCACGGAGCAGGAACGCAAACGAUGGAAUGACAAUAAGCGAAAGGAGAUUGAAUCACUUAUGGCCGAUGAGAUACACCAGUCUAGGCCUCGGCGGAAGCGAGCAACAAAGAAGGAAGAAACUCCCACCGGCAUCACCGUCGUCAUCGAGAUUCAAGUCGGAAUCGAGGUCGAGAUCGCUCGCCUCGUCGUUCUCAUCGCCCCUCUUCACAUCGCAGCCAUCGUGAUCGUCAUGACGAUGUCCGAUUAUUUCUCUACGCCACAAAACCCAAUCCAAUAUUAUGAUACCCUUGUGUACGGCUCUAAAUGCAAAUAA